AUGCCCCGCGCAACCACUUUUAAAUUCAUCAACGAGUCUUCCUGCGAAUGCAGCGAGUGCGGUCUCGUACUUACUCGUCCUUCCGAUAUGCGCAGACACAUGCACACCCACGGCAUUGGGAUGAGCCAAGUGAAAUAUCAAUGUACAUGGGCCGAUUGCUCAUACGAGACCAUUCAAAAAUCCAAUUUCGACACACAUUAUCGUACGCAUCUACAAGACAAGUCUCGAGCUUGCCCCAGCUGCGAUUUCAAGACGUGCGAUCCUGGAUCUCUCACGCGUCACCGGAAGAGAAUUCACGGCUACGUACCCAAGCCACGAAAGGCUCGUGCUACCAAAAGGCAACAGGAUACUUCCUCAGAUCGGUCGAUCUCCCCUACAUUGACUUCUGUCUCUUCCGAGUCAAUUUCAGGUCUAUCUUCGCCUUCGUCGUCGUCGAGCCCAUCCUCCGAGUCAACCAUAGAUUUCUCCUCACUGACGUUGGCUUCUGAAGUUGAACCAACUACCACCCUCCACAUUGAUGAGGAGAUUUGCAAACCUUUCUUUCCAGAGGUUCUCCCUACUGACGUUGAUCUCUUUUACGAACCGGACUCAGUGAGCGGUUUCGGCUAUUCCACCUUCGACGACCUCCGACCUCGGCCUCUUUUCCCUGCGGUAGAGAGUACGCCUUCUCUGGAGCUAUUUCAGCCACUUCAUUCCAGCUUCUCCCCCGACUUCUCCCUCCUUCUCGCAGCAACGCACAAAACUUUACCUUCCCCCACAAUCAAUCACGUCGAUGAUCAGGCCCUGUAUAAUAUCCCAUGCGGCGUAUUCCUGGAAAACGUUUGCGACGAGUUUCUUCAUCAACCGCUACCAACGCCGUAUGACUCGUUCAUCCAACAAAUGGCAGAGAUGGAUCCUUCCGUUUUUGUGACGAUAUCGGAUUAUGAUUUUAGGGUCAUUUUUGGUUGCGAUUAUGAACACUUUGUUGCUGCGAGAGCAAGAAGUCCUUCUCCGUGGUCUAAUACACUAGGCUCUUCUAUCAACCAUGUAACCUCUAGCAUACCAGGCUCCUCUAUCAACCCUAUCACCUCUACCACCAGUUCUCCAACACCUAAACCGUUUACAGGUUCUCUUCUCGCCGAACUAUAUGCACCAUAA